AUGUUGAUUCCCUGGGCUCUGUCACAGGCAUCUGCGCCCCAGGGCCUGGCUCACCCGCUGACCAGCUCCAAUCAGGAGGACUCUGAGGGCACCCAGGGGCCCCCUGCCCCUGUGCCCGUCCCCCCCGGAUCCUUUGCUAGGCUGGUGCCCGGUGUCUGCUCCCAGCCUGUCUCUGCCUGUGGGUUUCGUGGCCCCACUCCCUGGAGUUUAUGGGCCCUCGGCAGCGUGGUGGCUUGCCUGACUGCCAGGCUGACUAACAUGCUGACACAGGGCAGGACUCAGCGGGACAUGGGCCUCGUGGACCAGUGGGAGAAACUGGGGGAGGUGGUUCGGCAGGCAGACCUGGCUGUGCCGCGACAAGCCUGGUCCUGCUCUGGGCGGGCACCAGCUGCCCCCCCCCCCCCCGCCCCCAGCUCUCCUUCCCAGCCGGGUCCCAGGAAACUCCAUUCCAGGGCCACUGCGGCCGGAGCUGCAUCCCGGCUACCGCAGCCAUCUAUGCCCAGCCGGCCCGCGGAGAUUGUGCUCUCGGGGUUCCCAAUGCCAAGUGCUCCUAACCUUGGACCCGGUCUGCUGAGGGCUGUGUGGGCGCUGGGAGGAGACUGGGUGGCCAAGGCUGAACCUGCAAAGCCCAGUGACAUUUUGUGGACAGUGCCUGGGGCCAGCGCUGAGUCACCCCAUGCCCUGGGCCGCAUCCGCCUGCCCUGCAACACCUGCUGGACUGGUUUUCCUCGCCUGCCUUGCCCAGCCAGCCUGUGGGGAAAGCCAGGAGAGGCAGUACAGCUCCAGAGGAAGCAGGAGCAACGGGCACCAGAGUCUGACCCCAGUAAGAGUCUGCCGGCCCCCGUAGCAGGGGCCAGCCAGGAGAUGCAGGCGGCCACCGUGUUGCAGUGUGCGUUCCGUUUGCACCUGGCACGCAAGGAGGCAGCACGACGGCGUCGGGAGCAUGAGGCCUACUCGGAGGAGAUGGAAAAGCUGCAGAGGGAGGCCUACCUGGAAAUGGUGCGGCAAGAGCAGGCAGCGGCUAAGAGAAGGCAGGAGAAGGAGGAAGAGGCAGCACGGAGGCGACGGGAGGAGCAGCAGCGCCGAAGCCGCCUCCGGGAAGCGGCCUUCGAUGGGAACUUGGUGGCGAUGCACGCAGUGCUGCAGGAGGUGGAGGCCGAGAUGAGCCGCGAGGGCUUGGACCACGACGAUGCGGGGAUGGAGCGACGCAGGCGGCGGCGCCUGGCCACGGUGGAAAGUGAGGACGGCUCCGGGAACACGCCACUGUCCGAGGCGGCAGCAGGUGGGCAGUCCCAGGCCAUCCGGCUGCUGGCCGAGCUGGGUGCGAACCCCAACAGCAAGGGGGCCUUCGGCCGUACCCCGCUGUACCGAGCUGCCUUCGGGGGCCACCUGGAAGCAGUGGAGGUGCUUCUGCAGCUUGGAGCCGACCCCCGAGUGUAUGCAGAUGACGGGAACACCCCGGCGCAGGUGGCCUCUCUGGAUGCCGUGGUCCAGGUGCUGCAGUCAUGGGACCUGAGCCUGACAGAGGCCAUGCUUCAGAACAUGGAGGCAGAGCAGCAGCGCCGCGCCCAGGAGGCCCAGCGGCACAAGGAGGCUGAGGCCCAGCGGUGUGGCCACUUGACGGGCAAAGUGCAGCAGCUGGCCAAGGAGCAGCAGCAAUGGCACAAGGAGCUGCAGCAGGCCUACUGUGAGCUGCACCGGAGAAUCACGGAGCAUGACAAGUGUGAGCAGCAGCACAAGGACAUGUCCGAGGUCACGCUGCAGGCCAUCAAGGACGCGGAGGACCAGGUGGACAGGCUCCGGCAGGAGGCCCAGAAGGCUGAGGAAUCGCUGGCCCUGGCGAGGCUGGAACUGCGAGAGCAAACACGGGAGGAGGAGGAGUUCCCGGGGCUGAAAUGCCAAGUCCCAGAGCUGCAUGAUGUGCUCAUCAAGGACGUGGGCGACCGCAUCCGCGCCGACGGCCGGUGGCCCCUCGUUAUUGACCCAUCAGGCCAAGCCGCCACCUUCCUGCGCUACCAGGACACCAACUAUGUGGACGCGGUGAACCCGAAACACCUACAUCCUGAGACGCUUCGUCUGGCUCUGCUGGGGGCGCUCAGGUACGGGAAGCCCUUGGUGUUCGACCUGCACGAGGUAGACCUGUUUCCUGUGGUGCAGCAGCAACUGGAGGCCGUGCAGCCUGGCCUGGUGCACCUGCUGCUGAGCCGUGCGCUGCUGGAGCAGGACCGGUACCUGUCGCUGCUGCGGCCCGGGGACGGGCCCGAGUACAGCGCCACCCAGUUCCAGGAGGCCCGGCUCAGUCACUUCCGGCUCCUGUUUGUCACCAAGCUGCAGUGGCCGCCGGAGGAGCAGUUGCAGCUCCUGCUCCCUGUGCGCGUGCAGCUGCCCAGCUUCGGGCCUCCCCCCCAGUAAAGCCGCACCCCCGUCUGCGC